AUGGCACCCAAUUCCAAACUCAACGCGAAGCGCAAGGCACAGAGAGAAGGAGAGAAACCUGCGAAAUCGAAGAGCGACAAACGUCCGAGUUCGACUGCCUCAGUCAAAGGGCCUGGCAUAUCGUAUUUGCCCAUUGAACUUCAACAACUCUUACUCAACAUCUUUCGGAAUUCUUUUGCGGAAAGGCUGAGUUCAGACUUUGCUCCGCUGCUGCAGGAAGUCAAAGGUCAUCUUUAUAACCGCGAUUUUGCGACUGCGUUUGGAAAGAAUGAAUAUUUGGAGGUGUAUGCGGCGAGAUGGAGUCCCAGUCGUGCGUUGGGGUAUUUAGAUCUGAUAUGGGAGUGGAGAGACAAGUUAUGGGCGGACAUGGAUAAAGGAGAAGAAAGAGAAGAGGCCAGCAAACAAGAUACCAAGUCGAAAAGUCGAAAAGUCGUGUGUCUCGGUGGCGGAGCAGGUGCAGAGAUUGUGGCGCUGGGUGGCAUGCAGAAGUUGAUGUCUAGCAUGAACGCAGAAGAAGAGGAUGGGAAUAUUGAGGGUACGGGGCCACAUAUCGAAGUCGCUGCAAUAGAUGUCGCCGACUGGAGCGUCGUCGUGGAAAAUCUCGCAAAACAACUCACCACCGCGCCGACACUCAACAAAUACGCAUCAGCAGCUGCGAGAGCGGCAAAUGUCUCACCUCUCAACCCUGAAGAUAUCUCAGUAACAUUCAAGCAGCAAGAUGUACUCCAAGCUUCGGCAGAAGACCUAUCUGCUCAAAUCGCAGACGCAAACCUCGUAACGCUGCUUUUCACGCUCAACGAACUCUACUCGACUUCCAUGCCUUUGACCCAAAAAUUUCUCCUCCUCUUAACAUCGGUCCUCCAGCCCGGUGCGCUUCUCCUCGUAGUCGACAGUCCAGGAAGCUACUCCUCAGUCACGCUGAACGGAGCUGAGAAGAAGUACCCAAUGCAGUGGCUACUGGACCACACGCUGCUGGAACAAGCAACCGAGAAUCGGGGAAGCAAAGAUGAGAUUGUCAGGUGGGAGAAGAUAAAGGAAGAUGGAAGCAGAUGGUAUAGGCUGGAUGAGAGACUGCGUUAUCCGAUUGAAUUGGAGAACAUGCGGAUGCAAGUUCACUUGUAUCGGAAGUUGUAA